AUGACUGCCAAAACGAGAUCGAAGCUCUGCAAGAUAUGGGUAAUGGUCGAAUGUGGAAGUCUCGCGUUGUUCAAGCAAAACAUCAAUUCCAAUCGUAGGAAAAAGUCAUAUAUGCCCCCUGAUGCAUUCAGCUGGCAUCUUCWCCACGACGUUACCACGGCGUUUCUGGAACUUCACUUUGGUAUUGUGAAUGCUUUUCGCUAUCCUGGAUCUUUCAACGACUACCCGGACCUCGUCAUUAUAGACCUCGGAAGGGCAACAAAGAUCGACGAAGAUAAUCUCGGGGCACUCAGGGAUGCACACAGAGACCAAGCAAGUGAUGUUGUAGAACUGGCAGAUUGCUUGAAGUUGACCUUCAAGCACAUGUCUCCCACUGAUAAAAGGCUGCUGGCCAGUCUGAAAAGAUUGACGGACUGUUACGAGGAAGAAGUUUACAGCACUCCCAAGAACGUAGGCUUGGAACAUCUUCUCGUUGAGAUACGUGAAGAGGCCUCGGCGAGAWGGGAGGAGCUUUAUAUGCAGCUCGAGCCUGUGGUCGCUGCUUAUUUCAACCAAGAGGUUGUGAGCGAUUCGGAGAUUCUCAAUGUGAUGGAGAAGUCGAUUGUUCCUGUCACGGCGUUUAGAAUGUCCACACGGCGUGUUGUUCGGACGGAUCCUUCUCCCCCUUCUAAAGUACGCGGAGUGUCUAAAAGAUCGCAGUAUAUGAUGCUGGAUCCGGCAGAGAGAAGGAAAAAGAAGGCGGAUCGUAAAGUAACGUAA